GCAUUCCGCCACGUUCGAACGUUUUCGAAUGCGAUCUUGAAAAUCUUGUGAUUCUCAUCAUUUCCUUGAGUUUCCUCACAUCUCUAAAGAAAUGGCGAUGCCUGCGGGAGAGUUUGGCCAGGGUGAUGACCAGAGGGAGGGACGGCAGGCUCGGGCGGAGCGUCCGGGCAGCUUUGAAGUCCUGACAUCCCUGCUGGGUCCUGUUGGUGUGGAACUGAAUCCCGCCAAGAGUCAUGAUACUGGCACUGAGAAUGACCGGCGUCUGAAAUCGUCCAAGGAGCGUCCGGGUAUCUUUGAAGUCCUGACGUCCCUGUGCCCCGUUCGUGUGGAACUGGAUCCCACCCAGAGCCAUGAUACUGGCACUGAGGAUGGCCGUCGCCUGAAAUGGUCCCAGGAGCGCCGCGUCUCCGUGGCGAAGAAGUUGAACACGGUCCUCCGAGCAGCAACCGAGAAGAUCGUUGCCAACGCCAAAGCCAAGCAGAAGAACGGUGACGUGAAUGGCCUCACCGGUGACACCCAGGGUCGGAUUGUCCGUCGGGCCGCCCGUCCUUCCCGCAGAGUCAAACAGACUGCCUCAAGGAAGGCCAGUGCUACCGGCGACUCAAAAGCCCGUCGAAAGCCUCAGAAGAGGAACGCCGACGAGUCUGAAGCCGACUCCCGACGACAGCCUCAGAAGAGAAAGGCAAGUGCUGCCGCCGACUCGAAAUCCCGUGGAAAGCCUCAGAAGAGGAAAGCCGACGAGUCUGAAGCCGACUCCCGACGACAGCAGCAGAAGAAGAGAAAGACACAGAAGGCACCUGAGGGCGCACCGCCAGGCACGUACUACGACCCCCGCCUGUCACGAGUGGCCCCCAUCUACCAUGACGUGGUCGCAGGAGAGAAAGUCCUAGUCAACUACAUCGCCGACGAUCCCUGUCCGUGGGAGUCGCCAGACGAGUUGGUCCCAGGGCCUUGUCAGGGAGCCGUCACACCCGACAACUACUUCGACCGGUACGGCCGCAUCAACUACUGGUACCGGAUCCCGGAGGAGCAGGAAACCUGGGACCUGCUGACCAGUGCUGCCCGUAAGCUGAGGCGGUUCAGCAGGCGUAGCCGUAGGCGCUGA